UGUGUGUGUGUAUUCAAUGUGCUUGGGAGAAGGUGAGGGAAAAACAAGCCAUUGCUCUGGUCCUCGAGGAGCCCGCAGAUCAAAUAAUACACCUCGAGUGGCCUGGUUGCGCCCCCCUCCCCCCCUCAACCCUUCUUUCUCUCUCCUCCUCCUUCUCCCUCUCUCUCUCUGUCUCCUCGUUUCCCUUGCAUCCUCCCUCCCCCACCCGGCACCCCCUGUUCCUGUCUAGGACAAUGGACAACGCAUGCUCGAGCCAAACCGGCCCGGUAGAGGACUCCCUCCCCCGGUUCGCCACGUACUCCCGCGAAGAGAUCGCCAUGCACAAUAGCGCCGAUGACUGUUGGAUCAUCAUCGAGGGGCGAGUUUACGAUGUGACGGCUUUUCUGAAUGACCAUCCCGGCGGUGCCCGGAUCAUCUUGCGCCACGCUGGGCGUGACGCCACUGAGGCCUUCCUGGACAUUGGACAUUCGGCCCGGGCCCAGGUUCUCCUGCGAAAGUUCCUGAUCGGUGUGGCCGGACGAAAGUCGGUCUGAUCCAGCCCGCCCCCACACCCUCAUACGCCUGUUGAUAGAUUCCUUGGAGACACC